UGUUCGAACUGUGGUACGACCACAACUCCUUUGUGGAGACGAUCUCCUCUUGGUGAGGCUAUCUGUAAUGCCUGUGGCCUAUACUACAAGGCCCGUAAUACGUGUCGACCUCCUUUGAAUAAUGAAUCCGGUAACAAUGGUGAUUUCGUUUGUGCCAAUUGUCAUACUACGACAACACCACUUUGGAGACGAAAUGAAGCUGGCCUACCCAUCUGUAAUGCUUGUGGCCUUUAUUUCAAGCUUCAUAAUGUUCAUCGUCCGAUGACCAUGAAACGUUCUACCAUCAAGCGUCGCAAGAGAGUCACAGCAGCU